UGUGCGAGGUGCCGGCAUUCGAUAGAAGGACUGUUUGCGCAGGGAUGUCGACAGCGACAGGCUUUGUGAGGCCUGCGAUAUUAACUGAGAGAAGUUUCUAAGCGAUAUGCUUGUUAAACAUCACCACAGCAACUACAGUACAUAAGACCUGAGAUAGCGAAUGUCGAGCAUCGUGGGCCAAUGAGAGCCCUCGGGUUGCCCCGCAAAUCGGCAGGUCGGGGGGACCAACUCCCAAGCCCGAAAUGCUUCACUUUCAUCCAAUGUCUUUCUUCCAACUCCGGUCUGCACGUAGGCGCCUGCUUGUGACAUGGCAGAUAACGCAGGGCUGUCUCCUUCACGUGACAUCUCGACAGACCAAAACCUCGAUCAGGCUGGUUCAGAGCGGCCAUCCAAGAAGCCAAGGGUCUUUCUAGCUCGGCAGGCCUGCGAGAGCUGUCGCGCCAAGAAAACCCGGUGCGAUGAAGACGUCCCCUGUGCCCCGUGCCGCUCUCAGGGCAUAGAGUGCACGUAUCGUGACAGAAAGGCCACCAGAAAGGAAGAGUCGUUCGGGACCGUUCUGGGAUUCUUGAAGCGCAUCGAGACAAAAGUCGAGAACCUCGCGGCGGCGCAGGACUCCAGACAGCCACCCGCACCAACACCACAUGCACCACCUGCAGAGUCUCGAAACUCCCUGGACAGCAGCAGCAGAGACCCCUUUGGCAACACGCCAGGGUCACAGCGUCAGGACGCCCAAGCCGGGACGCCCAACAUUGACCUGCGCACGCCGACCGUCUCGGGAGGCAGCGUCUACCUGGACGACGGGCCGGACAAGACGUCCUUUCCCUUCAGUGCCCAUGCCAUGCUCGAGUGGGAACCGGUGCGGGCGUUUCUACCGCAGGAGAUUAUGAACCUCUGCCAUCAGCACGGGUGGCCAGACUAUGCCACAGCCCUCGAAAAGGAGCGGGAUCCCACACCGGGUCUUCGCAACCCUACGAGCCACAUUGAUCCGCUCAGCACCUUGAGCAUCUCGACGGUCCGGAAUCUGUGCGAGGCCUACUUUUGCUCCUUCAACCUCGCCUACCCCGUUCUGGACCGGGACUUUUUCGAGGCCCGCUCGCUCGCCAAAGCCGUCACGGGCGGCUUUGGGUACGACAUGGAGAGCUGCGUCGUCCUGGUCGUGAUGGCUCUGGGCUGCUGGGGCAUCAGGGCCUUGGAGGAGGCUGGCUUUCACGAUGGAAACGUGCGCAUGGACACGUUGAGUACGGCGCAGUACAUGCAGGACGGUAUCGAGGGACUCGUCUUCUUCAACGAGGCCAGACGAAGGAUUGGACUCUUGUCGAACGACCAUGGGCUGCAGAACUGCCAGUUUCAUCUGCUGUCUGGAAUCUACUACUCCUCGCUCCUGAGACCCGUCGAUUGGUGGGAGAGCAUGUCGCGCGCCGCCAAUUGCUGCAUGCUCUACUACGGAAACAGCCAGACGAGCGACGCGAGCGAAACCUCCAGGGACGCUUCCUGGACGUCGGACAUGCAAGGCCGUCUAUUCUGGAUCACAAUCAUGCUCGAGUCUGUCGUGACGGAGGAGCUGGCCUUGCCACACAGCCGUCUCGACACGUUUCGCGACCGCGUUCCCCUGCCUAGGUUCACGGAGCUGCCGCGCGCUGACCUGAUGACGGCGGGCAGCAGUAACCAGUACCAGCAUGCAGGCUCGGACGCGAAGCAACAGGCGCCUGAUGUGUACUACCACUUUCUCUCCCAGGUCGCCGUCCGGAACCUGACCACGCGCAUCAAGGAAGCACUCUACUGCUCACAUCCCUCCGGAAACUACCCCAGUCCCGGCCUUGACGCCGAGCUGUCGCAGCAGCUCGAACGCUGGAGAGAGCAUUUGCCCAGCACAUUGAACGCGGACGUGGAGUUUGCCUCCAGCCCCCCGAGCUGCCCGCGUGACGUGCUCGUGUCGCCCCUGAUUCGGGCCCGCUACCUUGUUCUGCGGUGGCACCUCUGUCGACCCGUCAUCCAUCGCAUGCUCUCCUUCCCCGAGAAGAGGACGGUGAGGGACAUUGAACGAUGCAAAGACGCGCUCCUGACCGCCAUGAAAUGGCUUCACGUCGUGCGCGAACUGUGGCUCAUGAAGAGCUGCAUGCCAAUCAGAUACCCCUUCUGCUCGCAGCUCUUUGGCCAGAUUGUCAUUGUGUACUGUCUUCGGUUCAUCGAUGACGGCGCUCUCGCCGUCGUCCUCCCCGAUGGCUAUCAGCAAUGGACCCUCGCCAUCCUGGAGCUCGUCAAGGACUGUGCGCCCUUUAGCCCGUCCUUGUACCGGGACAGCCUGAUUGCGGAGAUGAUGUGCAGUCGAUUGCAGGAGCCUUGACAUGGCAGAGGAUCAGUCACGGACGCUUCUCCAAUCGAUUCCUGCGCCGGUAUAGCUGU